AUGCCGAUCCCUCAGUAUCAAGCGAUUUACGACAGUAACAUUGAAAACCACUUGCCGGAGCAUGUGCUGGAAGACAAUGAGAACUCGGAGGCUGGCGCGAAGAAGAAGAAAGGUUCCAAUUCAUCAUUAGCGAAUGACAAUGAACUGCGAAAGUUGCUCCGUCAGUACGAAGGCUAUUCACUCAAGCAGAUGGCGGCAGAGGUUUUGAAACAUGAAGGGGCCGGGGGCAAGGCCGAGAAAGUUAAGCAGGUCUUUGCCAUGAUCUGGUUGAAGGAGAAUUGCCGAAAGAGCAGCGGUUCUGUGCGACGAGAUCGUGUUUACUGCUGCUAUGCAGAGAAAUGCGGAACCGAGCGUGUUUCAGUCUUGAAUCCGGCUUCUUUUGGUAAACUCGUGCGCAUCAUAUUUCCGAAUGUGCAAACCAGACGUCUUGGUGUCCGCGGAGAAUCCAAGUACCACUAUGUGGAUUUAACGGUCAUCGAGGAAAAACAGCAGAAGCCGCCGCCGUUGAACCCACAGCUCUCGUCGAUCACCAAUGGUCAAAUUGGUGGUGGCGUAGAGAACAAACUUGACGGAGCCGUGCAGAAGAGUAUUCUACCACAGCCGCCAACAGAUACCGCAGUGUUCCCUUCACCAACUGCCUCAUUUACACCCAGGUUCUCAGCGAAUCCCUCGAGCACAGGGUGUAGCUGCCAAGCCACGACUAGUUCCAACGGUGACCACAGCAUUACCCUCGAGAACGUUGGAAACCAUUCUGGAAAAAUGAUUCAUCAGAUGCUCUACCUACCGGCCGCCGAGGACACGUCUGUUGACAACGAAUCCUUUCAACUGCCCGAUAUACGGAGGUAUCUUCCCUCCAAUACUGAUACUAAGGUUGCGGCGGCUCUUGCAGCCCUUUACCGCUCCCAUUGUAUCUCCGUAAUCGAUAGCUUCCGCUACUGCAAGGAGCGGAAUCUCCUGCGCUAUUUCUCCGCUUUUCAUGGGACCUUGACGGUUCCAGUACAAAAGCUGCUGACACAUCCAAACCUCGCUCCCUGGAUCAAGGAAUGCGAUUGGCUCAUGUACCAGAAAAUGAUUGCAUUCGUGGCACCUCUCACCACGCAGGUCGUUCCAAAACUUGUCCUAGACGCUUUCAGCUCGAUAUCGCAACGGCUGACUACUCACAUUGCUGAGACAUUCAAGGCGCAACCUGCACAUGUCAGCUUGGCAAGGUUAAUACCGUCCCAUAUUUUCUGCAAUCUGCUCAAGCACAUGCUUGAUGUAAAUCAAUCAGCCAAUGCGGCCGCAGCAUGGCUGUGCCAUCCUGACAAUAGGAACCAGAUGUGGUUCGACUUCAAAACGCUUGUUGAUCCGAAGGAGAUGAUCUCACGAGCGAACAUUCCCACAUGCGCAGAGCGGGCGGCAGAGCAGAUACUGAAACAUGACGUUCGAGCUCUGCUAACUCCUGUCGAUGACCUGAACCCCUCUGCCUCUCACCCCUUCUUUACGAAGCCAGAUACGGAAGCGGAUCGCGCGGCUCGUAAAUUUCCCGUCGAGCCGUCCACCGGUGAGGAGUACAACUUUCCGGAUAAGUGGAUAGCCUUUAUACUUAACAUAUCCUCUGCAUUUCCCCACCAUCGCACGCAAUGCAUCAUUGAAAAGGUCGACGCCUUGUGGGAUUGCAUUCUCCACCGGUUGACCCUUGGCGGUGCGCAAAGCUUCAGCGCCUGGUGGAUGACAAAAGUUUUCUUUCAUGAGAUGAUGUUAUGGCAGGCAGAAAAAAAUGGUUUCAUGCGUUUUACACCGAGCACCUUGCAAAAUGCGAGUUUAGGCUCUGACCAGCCCGGUCCGCCCAAUUUUCUGCUGAAACAAUCCAGCGGCCCAUCUACCGAGAAGAAUGACCCUUUUAUGGCUUCUGAUGCGCAGCAGGCUAGUGACUCGAGGCCAAGGUCAACUACAAGCUCUUCAUCGGCAGAAGUGAACGCCCGAAACAGAACAUCGCUCAAUCGACCACCGUCAGACGCAGGUCCAAACCAAGCUUCGGUGGAGAGUGAAAAGCCACCUAGCAUCGCUGACAACAUUGCCAGCUUUCACGCUCCCAAUAAUGACGAUAGUGCGAUUGACCUCGACGAUGAUUCAAUGCUCAUGUCCGUGGGCAAAUAUGGUGAUAUGAUGGCCUCUGACCCAGCAGACGCUGAAGGAGAUGUUGUCGUCAUCUAG